GGUUCCCUGCUGGGACCCUUGAGAAGCGCACGGGUCCUGGUCGCCCGGGAAACCGCGUGACAACAAGAUGGCGGCGCCGCGGGACGGCUCCGUGGCCGUGCGUGGGAGUUCCUGACAGCUAGAGUCUAGAAGUAGAACUAUGAGCUCCCCUUUGGCCUCCCUUGGCAAGACCCGAAGAGUCCCCCUGCAGUCAGAGCCUGUGAAUCCAGGCAGGCGAGGGAUAAAAAUCUACGGAGAUGAGUAUAGGCUGCUUCAUCCGGGCCAGAACCCAGGGUCCCAGUUUCCUCUGGGCCUCAGCCCCCGAACAGUGACCUGGGGAUCCCUGUCUGCAGAAGACGAGGCGGACGUGCUGAAUAACGGACUUGGCUCAGAAGAGAGGAUCUCUGUCCCUUCCUGCUAUGGCAGUGUAGGUGCCCCUGUGAGUAGACAAGUCCCCGUGUUACAUGACUCGGAGCUGGUGGCCACCUUGACCAGGAAGAUGCGGGAUCUGGAGCGGCAAGUGAGGUCUCAGACUGAUGAGCUGCUGUCCAAGGAUCGGAAGAUACGGGCCCUGGAGGAAAUGGUGCAGACCCUCCAGGAGCACCAGGCAGGCCCGGUGCCGGAGCCACGGGAGCUGGCGACCACGUGCUUGCGGCUCCAGCGGCAGGUCCGCGAGAUGGAGCGGUUCCUCGGUGACUAUGGCCUGCAGUGGGUGGGCGAGACCGUGGACCAGGCGGACUCAGACGACCAGUCAGACUCAGAGGAUGGCAAGAGGGACUGGAUGACAACCAAGAAGUUCUGGAAACCAGGGGACUCACUGGCGCCCCCCGAGGUGGACUUUGACAGGCUGCUGGCCAGCCUGAAGGAUCUCAGCGAGCUGGUGGUAGACAGUGACACCCAGGUGACACCAAUGCCCGGUGGAGCGCGGCUCCAUGUCCUUGAGCCCAUCCCCCUGAAGCUCUAUCGGAAUGGCCUCAUGAUGUUCGAUGGGCCCUUCCGGCCCUUCCAUGACCCCUCCACACAGCGCUGCCUCCGAGACAUUCUGGAUGGCUUCUUCCCCUCAGAGCUCCAGCGGCUGUACCCCGAUGGGGUCCCCUUUAAGGUGAGUGAUCUGCGCUAUCGGGUCUACCCAGAGAAUGGGCUGGACCCGUUCCCAGGUGAGGGCCGCGUGGUGGGCCGACAGAGGAUUCACAAGCCGCUGGACAGGAUGGAGCGCCCAGGCUCCAGGAUGACUGCUGAGAAGUUUCUGAACAGGCUUCCCAAAUUUGUGAUCCGGAAAGGCGAGGUGAUUGAUAUCCGGGGGCCCAUCCGGGACACCUUGCAGAACUGCUGCCCAUUGCCUGCCCGGAUCCAGGAGAUCGUGGUGGAGACACCAGCCUUGGCGGCUGAGCGGGAGAGGAGCCAAGAGUCACCUGAGUCAACCGCGCCACUGCUCUCCAUGCUGCGCAUCAAGUCUGAGAAUGGUGAGCAGGUUUUCCUGCUGAUGAUGAGGCCUGAGGACACUGUUGGUGAUGUUCGCACCCUGCUCGCACAGGCCAGGGCUGUGGAUGCCACCACCUUCGAGAUCAUCAGUACAUUUCCACCCACGGUCUACCACGACGACACGGUCACACUGCAGGCCGCGGGCCUGGUGCCCAAUGCAGCGCUGCUGCUUCGGGCGAGCCGGGCCCCACCGCCUGCUCCAGGACCCGGCCCCUACUCCAAAUAAAGCGCCCU